AAAAAAAAUAAAAUAAGUGAACAAUAAAUUAUUGGUCGUCAGUAAUAAAAAUUCUAAAAAAUUAUAAGAACGUGAUAUCAAAAUCAGUAUCUAGACGGCAGCAUCGUCGUUAUAUUAACACCUUGGAUCACACCUGUGUCAAGUGGGCAUUGCCGUCUACACUACAAACAUACAGAAAACGCUGGCAGAGACUUUUUAGUCGUCUACAAACUAAGUUACUGUAAUUAAUAACCACCUUAAGUUUCAACAGUGCUCACUCACAAUAACUAAAUUUAAAAUAAUUAAAAACUAUAUUGACCUCUAUAAAUCCUCCCGCUGAAUCAACACCCGUAGUGUCACCUAAAACAAAUCUCCGCGGCUUUUGAAAUAAUUAUUAAUCUUAUUAGUCACAAGGACACGAUGAAAGAAAAUUCGUUGAAGCAGGAGACAAAAGUCGAUUGGGAGGCGCGACAUCCUGAAAAAACGUCGCCCCAGAUUCCGAGGACGGCGGAGGAACAAGCCGGUGGAAGUCCUGUGAGUGCUCCAAUAGUGACGACGACGCGUCGGCACGUCAGGACGAUCACUACGACAGGACACAUUACAGAGACCCUUGCCGAGGACUCGGAACCUUCGCCAGUAUCCAGCCCGGGGGAGAAUAAAAAUAACAACAAUAAUAAUAAUAGUAGUAGCAAUAAUAAUAAUAUAAAUAGCAGUAACAAGCUUCUUCAGGGGCAAGGUGUGGAACAUCCACACGCCGAACAGAGCUCGCAUUACGCGGAACAGUCUUACAUUCAUCUGCCGGCAGAUAACGGCAGUCCUGAUAGUAACCAGCAGGUUGUUUACACGAGCAACGGCGAGGAAUUACAAGUUGAGACCCAGAAUUCUGAGGGACAUCCUAUUACUUUGUCACUCAAGGAACCACCUAAAUAUGCAACAGCAGAAAGACCAGAAGUAGAGCGUGUCUAUGUUUACUCAGACACGACAGACGCAGGAAAGGUUCCAAUGCUACUCCAGGUCCAGAGGAUGCAAGAUGAUUUCCGGCGACGCCACCAGCACCCUCAUCAUCACCACCACCAUCACCACCACUCCCAGUCCCAUCGAUUCAGCCCCCAUGCCCACGAGAACGGACAAGUCACCAGCAGAUACGAGUCUUCUAAUUCCGAAGAUUUUGAGCCGAGUGUCUCGAUGGCCCAGCCAGGCUCUACAGUUCUAGGCUCGCCUUCGUAUUCCACGCCCGUCGACGUCGUCAGGACGACGCAGCACCAACUCGUUUCAGGGUAUCCUGAGGCGACGAUCAAGUACGACGUAGCAGCGGCUGUCGCCGCUGCUACAGAGAGCAUCAAGACCAGUAGUACUUACACAACUCUGGAGACUGUUGCGCUACCACCAGCUCAGACGGUCCAAUAUGCUCAGUACGUUCCUGAAGCCUUUCAGCAUACCAGUAAUUAUGGAUACGCUAAACCGGAAAUUACUUAUCUCAAUUAUCCUGGAGGACAAUCCAAUAGAAACUCUGAGGUCGAAGCACCAACAGGAGUGUACAUAAAAAACGAUCCAACCUUAACAUCAUCCUCACUGAUUGGCAGUGGAAGAACGCAGCUGUACCACGAACAACCGGGUUCCCCAAAUUCUCAAGUGACCAUCUACGGAGCACCCGGAACCCCGACCUUCCAGUACGUAAAACAAACUGGAGAAACCUACUGGCAGCCAGCAGGUUCUUCUUCCCCGCCGACUCUGGAGUACGUCCAAGGCUACCCGGGCGUAGCGACCAUUUCGGCGAGCGACUCCGCGGGAUUAAUGUACAACGGGGGUGGAUAUGUAACCGCGAGCAACGGAUCGCCCUCCCCGUGGGGCAGCUUGCCUGACGAAACCUUCGACGGAACUGUCAUGACUGAGACCAAGGAAUGCGUGAACUGCGCUGCCAAUAUGACCACACUCUGGAGACGAGACGGUACCGGUCACUUUUUGUGCAAUACGUGUAAAAUUUACAACAAACCCAACGGCGCGAGUAGGGGAACUAUGAGAUAUAAUUCCAAAAUGAAACAGACUAUUGCUGCGAGCGGACGACGAGCAGGUAUUCAAUGCGCAAAUUGUAACACGAGUAACACAACAUUAUGGCGAAGAAAUAACAACGGUGAACCUGUUUGUAAUGCUUGUGGGCUUUACUACAAACUUCACAAUGUAAACAGGCCGAUGAGUAUGAAAAAAGACGGCAUCCAAACCCGCAAAAGAAAACCAAAAAAUCACUCAGCAAUGUCUGGAGUACUCGCAGGACCUAGCGCAGGAAUGAAUAAAUCCGAGAUGAAACCCAAUUUACUCGUGGAUUCAAAGUUGCACAUGAGCAUGCUCACUAAUAGGGGUGGGAGCGUUGAAAGGGUUGAGGACGAUUACAUGAGUACAAUAACAACUCAAUUGGGGCACGCGCAUUCGCCGAUAGCAUUACCCUCUGCUGCGGUAUUGAAUCGUCAAACUAAUCUUAUUGUGCCCCCAUUAGAACCAAUCACUAUUAACAAGUCAUCGGAUCUGACGGUGAUAACGUCAACAGCGCUGGUCUCAGAUACAAAUACCGGCCGACCAUGAUCUUCUCGCCCGUCGGUAGCACACUCAAACCACUUAUCGACUGCUGUUACCAAGCUUUUAUCGACAAUCGUACUCCUAGCUUUCGUACUUACCUAUAAUAAGUAACUAGGCAUCCUAAAUAUUUAAAUAUUUAUAAAAAAUGCCUAACGCUAGUACUAAUCCUAAUUUUAAUAAUAAUA